UAUUUUUUUAAUAUUAAAUGUAAAAGAAGAAAUGUAAGUUGUGGACAUCAAUGCAACUUCUCCACCAUUCGUUGAGUUUCAUUCAAAAAUAGUUAAAUGAUUCCAUCAAAAUCAACCUCAAAAUUGUCACACUUAACUCUCUUCAUUUGAGCAAUCAGGUUAUAAAAGAACAACAACUGAAAAACCAAAAGAGAAAAGGCAAAAGCUAAAACUCCCCCAUCCCCUGCAAUGGCUACCAAAGCAUUGCCUUCACCAAGCACAGAUGACCCAAGAACUCCUCUCCUUCCACUAUCUGAGCCUACAAUACAUAGCCCCCGUUUUCCUAUAAAAUCACUUCUCACCAAUAAAUACCUACACAUAAUCUCAGGGCCAUUAGCAUGCAUGCUCAUCUUCUUCUUUGUCGAGCUCGACGGCCCGCGCUCGAGCCGGAACAUGCUCGCAGCUCUCUCGUGGGUGUUUCUUUGGUGGCUCACCGAAGCCGUGCCGAUGCCGAUCACCUCUAUGUCCCCUCUUUUUCUGUUUCCUAUAUUCGGAAUAUCUUCGGCGGAUUCCGUUGCAAAGGCCUACAUGGAUGAUGUUAUUGCUCUUGUGCUUGGUAGCUUCAUUCUAGCAUUAGCCAUUGAGCACUACAAUAUCCAUAGAAGGCUAGCAUUAAAUAUAACCUACCUUUUCUGCGGCGACCCGCUGAACCCGCCGCUGCUGCUCCUGGGCAUCUGCGGCACAACGGCGUUCGUGAGCAUGUGGAUGCACAACACUCCAACCGCCAUGAUGAUGAUCCCCGUCGCCACUGGGAUACUCCAACGCCUCCCGGCUGAAGACUCUGCAGACGCUGACGUCACGCGCUUCGCGAAGGCGGUCAUCCUCGGCGUGACCUAUGCAACCGCGAUCGGCGGCAUAACCACCCUUACCGGGACCGGUGUGAACCUGAUCUUGGUGGGCAUGUGGGCGAGUUACUUCCCUCAAGAGGAACCCAUUAGUUUCAGUUCCUGGUUCUUUUUCGGGUUCCCCUUGGCUCUUGUUAUAUUCUUUGCAUUGUGGGGGAUACUUUGUGUGCUCUAUUGCUCCAAGAAUACGGGGAAGGUGCUCUCUGCGUACUUGGAUAGGAAUCAUCUCAAGAGGGAGCUUGAACUACUCGGUCCAAUGGCUUUUGCCGAGAAGAUGGUUUUAGCAGUGUUUGGAGCUCUGAUAGUUCUGUGGAUGACUAGAAGCCUCACAAAUGAUGUCCCUGGUUGGGGAGCCCUCUUUCAUAACAACGUGGGUGAUGGAACUGUUAGUGUGAUGAUGGCCACCUUGCUGUUCAUAAUCCCAAACAAGAAGAAUGAGGGGGAGAAGCUAAUGGACUGGAACAAAUGCAAGAAGCUGCCAUGGGGCAUCAUCCUCCUCCUCGGGGCAGGUUUUGCGAUCGCUGAUGGGGUCCGAACUAGCGGCUUAACCGAUGUUCUCUCUGCGAAUCUCGACUUCCUCAAGUCGGCCCCCUACUUAGCAAUUGCACCAUUAGUGUGCCUUAUAAGUAGCACCAUAACAGAGUUCACAUCAAACAACUCUACUACCACUCUUGUGGUUCCUCUUCUUAUUGAGUUGGCUCAAUCUAUGGGUGUGCACCCCCUUCUAUUAAUGGUUCCUGGAGCCAUCGGGGCGCAGUUCUCAUACCUCCUGCCGACCGGCACGCCUUCGAAUGUUGUAGGGUUCACGACAGGCCGCAUCGAGAGUAAGGAUAUGAUCAAGACCGGAUUGCCAUUAAAGAUCGCAGGCAUUGCAGCUCUAACACUACUAAUGCCUACAUUAGGAGCAUUUGUUUUCAAGACAAGCAGGAAAUUGUAGAACAACGAUGAUCACCGCAGCAAUGGUGUAAAGUUUCUUUUAUAAAUUAGGGGGUUGAUUUAUGAUGGAAUAGUCCAUUGUAGCACAUAAAAGUAUGUAUCAUAUAUCUUGUCUCCGUUGAAGGAAAUGAAGCCAUGUUCUUUAUUCUGGUACAAAAUUUGCAUUGUUCUUUUGCACUCACGAAGAUUACAUAGAGAAGCUGGAACAAGGAAUAUAACUUCGUACAGUGCCUGAAAGAGGUAGAAGUCUGCUGUUUGUUACUUUUCUGAUUUAGUGUAGAACUAUUAAAGCUGUUGUUUAAGAGGAAGAAAAGAAAUAUUGCUUAUCGUA